UUCCCGAAAUUUCCCUUUGUUACUUUUUCAUAUCGCUCUUUGUCUCUCAUUUAAAUUCCAUUUUUUAUCUCCAUCAAGAUUAUAAAUCAACAAUGAACACGAUAAAGUAGAAUAUAAGAUUAUCUCGAUUGUGUGUGAUUAAAAAAAAAACAAAGAUAUAAAAGUGCAAAAUUCGGAAAACAAUCAGUGUCUAUUUAGUGUUUGAACAUAACCUUUAAAAACAGAAAAUGACUUUCUACGAUUUCUUCAAUUUUCUUUUUAAUGACUAUGACGAUGACGACGACGACAGUUACAAUUAUUAUUACAAUUAUCCACAUAAUCGAAAAACAGUGAUAAAAAAAGAUCCCUCCGAAGAGCAAAUUGAUUUUUUCUAUCCAAAUGCAUGUCAAAUUUGUGGUUCGCGUAAAAAUCUUAAACGUUGCGCCAAAUGUCAAAUGAUUUCCUAUUGCGGUAAACAACAUCAAACUGAACAUUGGCGUUUACAUAAAUAUUAUUGCACAUUACUCGUUGAUUUACGUAAAAAACAUGGUUAUCUACGCAAUGCAAAAGAUCGUAAAUUAGAAAAUUGGACACAAGCUAAAAUCGCUUGUAUCAAUAAUAUUUCAACGAAACUUGGACGUCAGCUCACUUUAUAUGAACAAAAAGUGAUUAAAUUUAUACGCUCCUGUUGCAUUUGUCAUGAUAUCGAUAAUAAUAAACUUAUAAAUUGUCCAAAUUGCGCGAGUAUUAGUAUUUGUCAUCAGCAUAAAGAUCGUUUUCAUGAUAUUCAUACAAAAGAAAAAUGCGAUGGUUUCAAACUUUGCUAUCAACUUGAUUGCGAGCAACUUCAAUUGAUAAAAGAAAAGGAGGAAAUGAAGAAAAACAAAAAAAAGAAUGACAGCGAUUCGGAAUAUUUUAAUAAUUCCAGCGAUGAUUUUGAUUCUAAUGAUGGUUCCACUUCCGAUGAUGAAAAUAAUUCAAAUUUAAAAAUCACUGAAUUAAAAUCAGCGCCAAUGAAUUUAAUUCCAUAUUUCCAACAACAACAACCGAAUUCAACAUUAAAAUUCAUCGAAAUGUCAUCAAUUCAAAAAAAAUCAUUUAAUGAAAUAAAAUUAAAGGAUUUUGAAAUUCCCGAUUUAUUCAUAAAGCCAUUGAUUGCAUAUCGUGCAUUACAAAUUUUAAAUCAAUUAAAUAAAUUUGAUAUUACAAUUCAUUUAAUUGAUUCACAAAUUAAUGAUCUUGAAACAUGUGAUUUUUGGGAAACAUUAUUUCAUUUAAUUCCCAAUUUAAAAAUAUUAAAAAUUAUUAUUUUAAAUCCAGAAUUUUCAAAACAAUGUCUACAGCCAAAUUUAUGUACAAAAUGUACAAAUAGCGAGAAAACAUUGAUAUUUGAAAUGAAAAAAAUUCAUUACAUUGAUUAUUGUAAGGAUAAAAUGUAUAUAAUGCCAAAUUUGAUAAUUGGUUAUUUGACAUUAUUAAAGGAAACUCAUGAUGCUUUAAAAGCAAUUGGAAAUUUGAAAAUAAUACCAUUGGCAUUGACGACAAAUUGUCAGAAAACAACAAAUGAAAAUUAUAAAAUUGUGGAAAAAUUGUUUGGAAAAAAUAUUAUUCAUCAACAUUAUUAUGAAAAGAAUUUAUUUUGUGGCGUUAAACCAAUAAUGGAUUAUAAAACUGAUGGAUUUUAUUACAAUCAUCAAUUUUUGACACUUUAUAAAAAUUUCGAUGUAAUCGAAAUGAGAAAACGGAAAAUGAAUGGAAUUCAAAAAUAGACACACACAAGUUUUAGGAUUUGUAAUUUUUUUUUACAAAACAAAGGAAGGAAGAGGACAAAAAUUCAAAGGAUGAUGGGGAAAAAAGGAAGAUUAUUGUAAUCUUGUAAAAAAAGAUUUUUUUAUAUUGUCAAGAUCAUUAUUAUAAAGCAAUGAAGUAUAUCUUCGUACUCAAUUAUCCAGUAUUUUAUGCUUUUAAAAUUAAAAUUAACUAUAUUAUUAUUAUUAUUUUUUUUAUAUAAGAAAACGAUUUCAGUAAGUAAACAAGACUGAUAAAUUUCAAAUGUAAAUAAUUUGAACAAAUUUUUCUCAGGUGUUCAUUAAGUUAAGAUGUUAAAAUGUUCAUAUAUAAUCGUAUGCUUGUAAUUUUAUUUCAAUACUGUUUUUUUUUCUAUGUUAAAUUUUCGUUUAUUUUUAGUUUUAAAAUUGAAAAUAAUUUAAAGUUCGUUAAGAAAUGUGAUUAAUGUUGAAAACGAAAAAAAAAAAGUAUUUGCAGAAAUCUCUUUAAAAUAAUAUAAAUUCAAUUUUUCACCGUUCUUUUUUUAAUUUUAGUAACAUUAUAAAAAGAAAAAAAAAUCAAAGUUUAAAAAAAAUUAUAUUACUAAGUAAACAAUAAAAAUACAAUUUUUAUUUUA